GGUGCAGAGCCCUUGGUUGACAGCAGGGCGGCCGUGGCUUCCUGAUCCAGAAUCCCACCGCCUGGUACAUGGAUCCGAGGCCCUGAUGUCAUGGCACCCCCAGUACCGCAGCUCCAAGUUCCGCCACGUCUUUGGCAAACCAGCCAGCAAGGAGAACUGCUACGACUCAGUGCCCAUCACCCAGAGCGUCCACGACAAUCACUUCUGCGCCGUGAACCCCCACUUCAUCGCAGUCGUGACUGAGUGCGCUGGUGGGGGGGCCUUCCUCGUCAUCCCCCUGCACCAGACGGGAAAGUUGGACCCCCACUACCCGAAGGUCUGCGGACACAGAGGGAACAUCUUAGACAUCAAGUGGAACCCUUUUGAUGACUUUGAAAUCGCCUCUGCUUCUGAAGAUGCCACAAUUAAGAUCUGGAACAUCCCCAAGCAGCUGCUCUCAAGGAACCUCACAGCCUUCAGGAAGGAGCUGGUGGGCCACUCCCGCCGCGUGGGCCUGGUGGAGUGGCACCCCACGGCUGCCAACAUCCUCUUCAGCGCUGGCUACGACUACAAGGUGAUGGUCUGGAACCUGGAUACAAAGGAGCCUGUAAUCAUGAGCCCUGUGAAGACAAUUGACUGUCACCAAGAUGUGAUCCUCUCUAUGUCCUUCAACACCAACGGCAGCCUGCUGGCCACCACCUGUAAAGACCGCAAGAUUCGGGUUCUCGACCCCCGAGCAGGGGAGGUCCUGCAGGAAGCCAGCUACAAGGGGCACCGGGCCAACAAAGUGCUAUUUUUGGGGAACCUGAAGAAGCUGCUGUCCACAGGCACUUCCCGAUGGAAUAACCGGCAGAUGGCCCUGUGGAACCAGGAUGACCUUUCUGUGCCUCUCACGGAGGAGGACCUGGAUGGCUCUUCGGGUGUGCUGUUUCCCUUCUAUGAUGCGGACACCAACAUGCUCUACGUGGUGGGGAAGGGGGACGGGAACAUCCGUUACUAUGAGGUGAGCACCAACAAACCUUACCUGAACUACCUGACCGAAUACCGCUCCUAUUACCCACAGAAGGGGAUCGGUGUCAUGCCAAAGAGAGGUCUUGAUGUGUCCACCUGUGAGAUCUUCCGCUUCUACAAGCUGAUUACAACCAAAAGCCUCAUCGAGCCCAUAUCCAUGAUUGUGCCCCGGCGGUCGGAAUCCUACCAGGAGGACAUCUACCCACCCACGGCAGGGGCCCAGCCCUCUCUCACAGCCAGGGAGUGGCUCAGUGGGAUGAAUAAAGAGCCAGUGCUGGUGUCCCUCAGGCCCGGCUCCGAGCUGCCGAGCCCUCGGCCCCUGCCCCCAGAAAGAUCGCUCUCCAACCCCAUGGCCCCCGCCUCGCCCCACCUCUUGGGCCCAACAGAAAGGCCGGUUGCAGAAGACGGCCAGAGGCCCUUCUCUCUGCUGGAGGAGAGGUCGCCAAGGUGGGCAGCAGACCACAGGCUGGAGGAGAAGAAAGCCUGGCUCACAAACGGCUUUGACAUCUUUGAAUGCCCCCCACCAAAGACGGAGAACGAGCUGCUACAGAUGUUCUAUCGGCAACAGGAGGAGAUCCGAAGACUCCGGGAAUUGCUGACCCAGCGCGAGGUCCAGGCCAAACAGUUGGAACUGGAGAUCAAAAACUUGCGGAUGAGCUCAGAAUGGUUCUGAGCAGAGGUUUCUGCCCUCCUUGCCCUCAGGGACACCACUUGGCUCCAUGGGGAGGUCCAGAACCAAACCACAAGUCCCCCCAAGAACAACCACUAUUUCUAUAUUUUUUACCAGAAAAUGAAACUCGAUCGCCGAAAGAUUCCAAUGGGACAUGGUGCCGUUUUUCUAUUUGCCUUCUCAGAACAACAGUGUCUGAAAUGACUCCUUUUAGAUGAUAACUUGCCUUCUGUUGGAUUCUGUUUGUAAGGGCCCAUGAUAAGGUAUAACUUCCAAAGGGGAAGAACAUUAUAGUGAUAGAAAGCUAGAGCGAGAAGAACCCAGGAGAUAAACCUGCCUGUGGCUUUCAAAGUGUGGUCUAUAGAAUGGGGGAAAGCUAAACAGGAGGGCCCUCCCCGCUCCCCUCAUUCCAACCAGACAGCUCCCCUUCUUUCUGGUUUAUAUAUUGGCUUUGAUGGUAUACAUAAUUCUGCCACUCAAAAAAAUUUAGAAGUUUGAAAACCUGUGAUUGGCCCAACUUCCUCAUUUUACAGGUGGGGAAACUGAGGCCCAGAGAGAGAAGAGUGAUGUAGGUCCCCAGAGAGUUCGUGGCUGGGCUAAGCUGAGCUCCUGGUCUCCUGGGUCCGUCUUUCUGCUGCUUCUGGUCUGAUACAGUUCUCAGCCCGCAGAGCAGGAAUCCGCCGGUUCCAGCCUCAGCUGUGUCCCCGACUAGGAGUGACCUCAAGCCCUUCCCUCUCUGGCCUCAAUUUCUCCAGCUGAACAAGGAGGGCACUGGAAUCUGCCACCCAAGACAAGAAAUGUUGGCCUUGACCUAAGGAAAACUACCUGUGGGGUGAUGAUCUAGAUUUGUUGUGGGGACUCACCAGACAUUGGCCAAGGGGUAGAGGGGGUUUAACUUUCCAGAAAGAAGUCAAGGUUCAACCCAAUUCUACGAUAGAGGCAGAAGGGCAACAUCAUCCUCUCUUCAGCCAGAAUUGGCCGGAUGUGGAUAGAUACCCCUUACUGUGGGACACAGACAUCAGGUCACAUUGUCCAUGGUCACUGAUAGCCACCAAAGCCCUCUGGUCACAGAGCCUGCCUCCUCCAGGACAACAUAGACCACUGUCAGUCCAAGGUAACAGAAGAGGCCCCUGGGGGGUAGGGAGCCCCAGGGCUGGCAGUUUGCCCACACAACCGCCUGGCUGCCCAGCUGAAAGGGCUUCUGGAGAAGGAUUGUGCAGGGCAAGGAAGCAAGAACACAAGCUCCCAUCCAGCCUGAAUUUUUCUGUGUUCCUCCUUUAUGAAUCUGUGCUCUGAGCACUUCUCUGAGAUUUUCUUUCAGUGGUCAAUAUGGUAGCCCAGCUAGAGACAGGGGAUGUUGGAAGUUGAA